GUCGCUGUCCUUACCUUGUUCAGGAGCCCGCGCUUCUGUGCUUGCGGCCACUUGCCCUCUGCUCCGCCCUGAGCUACCCACUGCCCUCUUGCCAUCCACCAUGGCCCUGCUGCACUCCGGCCGCAUCCUCUGCGGAGCUGCUGGCGCCUUCCACCCAGGCCUCGCCGCCACAGCCUCUGCCAGAGCCAGCUCUUGGUGGGCCCAUGUGGAAAUGGGACCCCCAGAUCCCAUCCUGGGAGUCACUGAAGCCUUCAAGAGAGACACUAACAGCAAAAAGAUGAACCUGGGAGUUGGUGCCUACCGGGACGACAAUGGAAAGCCUUAUGUGCUCCCUAGCGUCCGGAAGGCAGAGGCCCAGAUCGCUGCAAAAAAUUUGGACAAGGAAUACCUGCCCAUUGGUGGACUGGCUGAAUUUUGUAAGGCAUCUGCAGAACUAGCCCUGGGUGAGAACAGCGAGGUGUUGAAAAGUGGACGGUUUGUCACUGUGCAGACCAUUUCUGGAACUGGGGCCUUAAGGGUUGGAGCCAGUUUUCUGGAAAGAUUUUUUAAGUUUAGCCGAGAUGUCUUUCUACCCAAACCGUCCUGGGGAAAUCACACACCCAUUUUCAGGGAUGCUGGCAUGAAGCUACAAGGUUAUCGAUACUAUGACCCCAAGACUUGCGGUUUUGACUUCACAGGCGCCAUGGAAGACAUUUCAAAAAUACCAGAGCAGAGUGUUCUUCUCCUGCAUGCCUGUGCCCACAAUCCCACGGGAGUGGACCCUCGUCCUGAGCAGUGGAAGGAAAUGGCAUCUGUGGUAAAGAAAAAGAAUCUCUUUGCAUUCUUUGACAUGGCCUACCAAGGCUUUGCCAGUGGUGAUGGUAACAAGGAUGCCUGGGCUGUGCGCCACUUCAUCGAACAGGGCAUUAAUGUUUGUCUCUGCCAAUCAUAUGCCAAGAACAUGGGCUUAUAUGGCGAGCGUGUGGGAGCCUUCACUGUGGUCUGCAAAGAUGCCGAUGAAGCCAAAAGGGUGGAGUCGCAGCUGAAGAUCCUGAUCCGUCCCUUGUAUUCCAACCCUCCUCUCUAUGGGGCCCGGAUUGCCUCUACCAUCCUGACUACCCCGGAUUUGCGAAAGCAAUGGUUGCAGGAAGUGAAAGGCAUGGCUGACCGCAUCAUUGGCAUGCGGACCCAGCUGGUCUCCAACCUCAAGAAAGAGGGCUCCACCCACAACUGGCAGCACAUCACUGACCAGAUCGGCAUGUUUUGUUUCACGGGCCUAAAACCUGAACAGGUGGAGCGACUGACCAAGGAGUUCUCCAUCUACAUGACAAAGGAUGGCCGCAUCUCUGUGGCAGGGGUCACCUCCAGCAAUGUGGCCUACCUUGCCCAUGCCAUCCACCAGGUCACCAAGUAAUCUCCCGGUGCUAGAACAGAGACAACCUUUCUGUCGUCAGCCCCUGCCGUUGUGAGACUCACAUGCAGGAUGAGGGAGGGUGGAUGGGGUGAGUGAUCAUUUCUUUCAACCACAGUGCAAAACACUCAGUGACUGGAUGUAUUUCUCAGAAAAGAACAUGUAGUGAAUAGGGCAGAGGCAUCCAUGGCUGGUGUCUGGAACUCUGUGGCUUUAAACUAAACUCUCCCCCAUCCUUUUAUUCCAACUUUUCUGAACGAGUUUACAUGUAUAAGAAAGUCACAGUACCAAAAACCUGUCAUGACAUUGCAAUAUUUCAGAAGCUUUAACUGAAGCACUGUAUGGUGUAAGGGGGUCCUCUGUGGAUCCAGCAUGAGACACAGCUCAUGCUGAGUUCUGUCAUAAACAGUCAACCUCACAUUUGUCCCCCCAUGGUGGAGAGUCCUUAUCAACAGACCAUAUUGCACAAAUUGUGCUUUACAAAAACCAAUGUGUCUGUUGCAACUGCAGCAAGGAAAAUAAUAGAUUCUGUUUCCUGUCUUAUUUAAGAAAAAAAUGAAAAUCUCUUUGCUGUUCUUUUCUUUAACACAAAGGUCUACUAGCCCAUUCUACUGCUUGAUUAACCAUGAACCCCAUCCUAUCAAGAUCUAUUUAAGAUGAAGAACAUAAUUUUCUGCUCAUGCCAUACCCUCUUGCUCUUGGCAAAGAAGAGUGGAGAGUAGGGAACUGCACUUUAUGUUGGCAUCCUCGUCAAUGACUGUGUAAUUGUCUCCCCUUGGGAUGCUGCCUCUGCCCACAGACCUUUUCCUUCAUUCCUUGUGGUUGUGCAGCCACUAAGCUCACAUCGUGAGUCGGGCAACACAGGUUAGAAUCGGAAAGGAGAUGCUCUGGGUUUUGUGUGCUGCCAGCCAGGCUUAGGCUUCACCCUUGGAAAGAUAACCACCAUCUGCUCUAAUCAUGUAGACUUACUGCAGCUUGGUUUCUCUGUUACAAUAAAAUUACUGUAGAUCCAA